AACAUCUUUGGUUUUAAUUUUUCAUUUUCUUUUUUCCUCUCUGUAAUUUGUGAAAUUUUGGAAUAAUAAUAUUAUGGCUAAGGGAAGGGGCAGUGCGGUGGUGGGUGCAGUGAUGGCUUGCCUGUUGUUGCUGCAGUAUUCUGAGAUGGCUCGAGCCGCAGUCUACACUGUUGGUGGCGCUCCGGGCUGGACCUUCAACUCCGCCGCCUGGCCCAACGGAAAGCGCUUCCGCGCCGGCGACACACUUGUGUUCAACUACAGCCCAGCAGCACACAAUGUGGUGGCUGUGAACAAAGUGGGGUACAGCAGGUGCAUAACUCCAAGGGGUUCAAAAGUUUUCCGAACAGGGAAGGACCAAAUCAAGCUUGUUAAGGGCCAAAACUUCUUCAUAUGCAAUCUCCCAGGCCACUGCCAAGCUGGAAUGAAGAUUGCAAUUACUGCACUUUAAUUUCAAAUUUCAUUAUCUACAGAGUCUUUAUUUUGGGUCAAAUUAAUUAAUUUACUUGAUUAAUUUGAUCUAUGAUUUAGCCUCUCUUAAUUACAAUAAUAAUAGGUUAUUCUAAGUGUUUUGUUAUGAGUGUGUUACUGUACUGUGUGAGGAAUAUGAAGAUGUUUUGCUUAAUAUUAUGUACCCUGGAAUAAAUUUAACUUUAAUUAUUAUGUCAACUUCUAUCAGUAACUUUUUGGUGUUUA